AUGUCUUUUCGCGGAGGGGGCCGUGGUGGCUUCGCCACCGGUGCUAAUCGAGGAGGAAACUUUGGUGGUCGCGGUGGUCGCGGAGGCUUCCAGCCGUCGUUCGGUCCGCCCGCGCAGGUUCUGGAGAUGGGAAGCUUCAUGCAUGCGUGUGAAGGCGAGCUCGUUUGCGAAUCGAUCAACCCCAAGAUUCCGUACUUCAACGCCCCCAUCUACCUCGAGAACAAGACUCCCAUUGGAAAGGUCGACGAGGUCCUAGGUCCCAUCAACCAGGUGUACUUCACCGUUAAGCCUCAGGAGGGCAUUGUCGCAACCUCUUUCAAGCCUGGUGACAAGGUUUUCAUCGGCGGUGACAAGCUCCUGCCUCUGGAGAAGUUUCUUCCCAAGCCCAAGCCCCCACCGGGUGCUGCGAAGCCGAAGAGGGUUACCAAGCCUGGUGCUCGUGGUGGUGGAAUGAGGGGUGGACGUGGUGCUCCCCGCGGUGGCAGAGGCGGCGCUCCCCGUGGACGCGGAGGUUUCGGUGGAGGAUUCGGAGGUAGAGGAGGUGCCCCCCGUGGCGGAGGCUUUUCGAGAGGCGGCGGCCGUGGAGGUCGCGGCGGCCCUCGCGGCCGAUUCUAA